CUGUCCAUCUCCAUCAUCCACUUUCCUCCAUCCCACAUUCAACAUGGCCAGCAUGAUCGAGUCUGCUCCAACCACGGAGUCAUCUCCCACUCACCAAGCUCAAGCUGAAACCAGAGCAACCUCGUCGAUGCCCGAUAUCACCCAAUUCUCACUCGAGCACAGCCCAGAUAUCUUCACCAUCAUAUGCUGCAACGACAGCUUCCAGCUUGCCCUCGAUCACAGCACCAUCAAGGCUCUCCUCCGAGUGUGUAGGCAUGUCCAGCCUCUCCUGAGCUCCAAGGUGGCUCGCUUCCACAGCUGGUGCCAGAAUGCAGGCUUGUGCAAUCCAGAUGGACAGAUGCGAAUCGGUCUCACACCGAGCGACUUGAUUGCCAUAUCGCUGCAUUGCGACGAUCCGGUCACAGCCGACCGAUCCUGGCUCGAAGAUCAAGCCGAUAUGGGCAAUGGUGCUGCCUCGUAUCUCUUGGCUCGAAUGCUGCAAUCUGAGAUCGACUCACAAACAGACGAUGACGAUGAGCCUGAAGAGUACACCAACCGUCAGCAGAUAUUCCACCAUUUGGAGAGUGCCGCCCAAGCCCAACAUCCGAUGGCACAGUUUCGCCUGGCCGAAUGCUAUCGCAACGGUGUCAUGGUCGACAAAGAUCACACCAAGGCCGUCGAGCUGUAUCGCAAUCUUGCAGAUCGUGGAAUCCCUCGGGCGCAAAUUGCCCUCGGCCAAUACUUUGAGAAUGGCGAGGGUGUCGAGCAAGAUUAUAACAACGCGAUCGAAUGGUAUUCCAAGGCCGCCGACCAGGGCAGCGAGGAUGGUCGACUCCAUAUCGUGUUCCUCCGAGGAUGGUUCUCGUUCGUUGGCCACAAUGUCGAACAGAGCGAUGUCGCUGCUCUCAACCAUUGGCAGGAAGUGAGCACCAAGUCGACUGACCCAGUCAUCAAACCCAUCGCCACCCACAUGGUCGGGUGGAUGCACUACCUCGGCCGGGGCACCGUGCGCGACGAGCCAAUGGGUACCAAGAUCAUUCGAGAGAACAAGUCGGAUGAGUUCCCACUCGGGGAAGGCGAAUGUCUGGCAGCGAAUUGGGCCCCAAUCAAGUCCGACCUACCCGCACCCCGCAAGUUCUUCGAGCUGUGCCAGCUUGGAUCUGAAAGGGACUGGCUGUGCAGACAUCUCAUGGCUGUGUGUGUGUUCCAAGAAUUCGGAGCCACAAAUGACCGGGAGAAGGCAGCUGGUAUCUUUGAACAGCUCGCCAACGACGGCCACAGCGACAGCCAGUUCUGGAUCGGAGAGUGCUAUCAAUACGGCAGAGGAGUAUCGCAGGACCACAAGACGGCAUUCGAGCGGUUCAGCAAGUCGGCCAACCAAGGCAACUCAUAUGGACAGUGGAGCGUUGGUUUUUGCUACUACUGGGGAUGGGGAGUCACCGAGGACCGCACCAAGGCAGCCGAGUGGUUCCGCAAGUCGGCCGAGCAGGGCAAUAGAGACGGACAAAACGCUCUCGGCGACUGCUACGAUAAUGGCUGGGGUGUCCCUCGAGACAUCGACACCGCCGUCUUCUGGUACCGCAAGUCCGCCGAGAAUGGAAAUAAUCCUGCCAUCAUCAACCUCGAGGGGCUCGGCAAAUGGCCCUGAUUCCCAAUUUCCACUCCCAAAUAACCAUGUCACAGCGCGAACAUGCAACCAAACUGCGCCUCCCCUACCCAUCCAAGACACCAUGACACCAAAGAGUGGACUUGCAAAGUGAUCCCGAUCAAGCGGCAAUGGCCGUGUAGUGUUGUAUUUGGCAUUCAAUACAUCCAAUGCAUCCAAUAUACAACAGUGCUGUCCCA